GAACCGGGGAAGGAAGCAGAUGAGUGGAUGAUGAAUUCAUCUUCCAUUGGACUGAAGGUCUGAAACACUACAAAAUUUUAGGGCUCGAAAAUCUGCCUGCGAAUCACUUCAAAGAGACAGCGAUCACGAGACGGUUUAUACAAGGUGAGGAAUUGUUCUCUCUAUGGAAAUUGAUCUUGAGCUGCCUUCACGGGUAGAUGAAAAGCUAGACUCUGUAACUGCUACUACUGAUGCAAAUGCAGUUCUUGAGGGGGGUGAAAAUGUUGAUGGGAUUGGAGAUUUUAUGGAUGAUGACAGUAUCAGCCUUGCAGAUAAGGGUAUAAUUAGUUAUGAGCCUCGGAAGGAUCUGGAAUUUGAAACGAAGGAGGCAGCAUAUUCAUUCUACAGGGAAUAUGCAAGGUCAGUGGGAUUUGGCAUUACGAUAAAAGCCAGUCGCCGGUCAAAAAAGUCUGGGAAGUUCAUUGAUGUGAAGAUUGUGUGUUCUAGGUUUGGGACUAAACGUGACUCAGAUAAGGCGGUUAACUCCCGGUCAUGUCCUAAGACAGAUUGCAAGGCAGGUAUGCAUAUAAAGAGAAAGCAGGAUGGGAAAUGGUAUAUAUACAGUUUUGUAAAGGAGCAUAAUCAUGAAAUUUGCCCUGAUGAUUUCUAUUAUGCUAUCAGGGGAAGGAUCAAGCAGUCCAUCAAUGCUGUGCACCAGAAGAAAGGAUUGCAGUUGGCGUUGGAUGGAGAAGACAUACAGGCAAUGCUUGAUAAUUUCAUGCUUAUGCAAGGGGAGACUCCAGGAUUCUACUAUGCUGUAGACUUUGACAAGGAAAAACGUAUGAGAAAUGUGUGUUGGGUUGAUGCAAAAGGCAGGCAUGAUUAUGGGUAUUUUUCUGAUGUAAUUUUCUUUGACACUACAUAUAUUAGAAAGAAGUACAAGGUACCGCUUUUACCUAUUGUUGGGGUUAAUCAUAACUUCCAAUUAUUGUUGCUCGGUUGUGGUUUGAUUGGGGAUGAGACUUCAUCAACUUACAUUUGGUUAAUGCGCACGUGGCUUAGAGCAGUGGGUGGCCAAAGUCCUAAAGUAGUCAUCACUGAUGACAACAACUCCCUACAAGAGGCUAUAGAUGAUGUCUUUCCAGAUGCACGCCAUUGUUUUUGUUUGUGGCAUGUAAUGGAGAAAAUUUCACAUCACCUAAGUCAUAAAAUGCAUAAUUUUGAAGUUUUUCUAAGGAAGUUUAACAAAUGUGUAUAUCAACCAUGGUCAGAGGAAUGUUUUGAAAAGAGUUGGUCGGACAAGAUUGUUGAUGCAUUUGAACUCAGGGGAGAGGAAUGCAUGGGGUUUCUAUUUGAAAGCCGUAAAAAAUGGGUUCCAGCUUACAUGAGGGGUACUUUUCUGGGAGGACUCUGCACAGUUGAGCGCUCUGAAGGUAUUUCCUCUUUCUUUGACAACUAUAUUCACAAGGAAACUACAUUCAAGGAGUUCAUUGAUCAUUACAAAACAUUUUUGCAUGACUGUUAUGAAGAGGAAACCAAGGCAGAUUUUGAAACUAAAUAUAAGCAACCUACAAUAAAAUCUGUCUUCCCUUAUGAGAAACAAAUGUCUACUGUCUAUACACACGCAGUGUUCAAAAAAUUUCAAUCUGAGGUUCAUGGAAUGGGUAGCUGUGAUGUUCAGAAGGAAGGUGAAGGUGGAAAAACAAUGUUAUACAGGGUUGAUGAUUCUGAAAUGCAGCAGAAGUUCAUAGUAGCUUGGAUUGAAAGACAAUCCAGUGUCUAUUGUUCAUGUCAUUCGUUUGAAUAUAGAGGUUUUCUUUGUAGACAUGCAAUGAAAGUUCUUCAAAUAUAUGGGAUUUCCAGCAUCCCACCUCAGUAUGUAUUGAAACGGUGGACCAAAGAGGCAAAGGUUAGGGAGAUAACAUCUAGACAACCUAGCAGUCCCCAUUACAGGGUUCAGCGACUUAAUGAUCUUUGUAAACUCGCUGUUAAAUUGGGAGAAGCAGGUUCUUUAUCCUUGGAAAGCUAUAACAUUGUCCUAUAUGCACUAGAAGAAGUGAUGGAACAUUGUGUUGGUGAGAAUAACUCUGCUAGAAGUUCUUUAGAAAACAAUACAUUGUCAACACAAAAUCUUCCGUGUAUUGACAUAGAGAAGCAGGGUAGUGGUACAGCAAAGCGAUUAAAGAAAAAACAAUUGCCUAAGAAGCACAAGGUACAAUCUGUUACUGAAGAAAUAUCUAGUGGGAUCCAAGACAGCAACCAACAGGAGUCAUCAAACCCAAGAGAACAAACCCUUGAAAGUUCCUAUGUUGCUAUCCUAGACAUGCAAGGGAUGGAGUUAGGCUCCAGAACUCCAGUUACUGAUGGCUACUAUUCUACUCAACAGAGCAUUCAAGGACUGGGGCAACUGGCUUCUCUGCCUAUGCUACGGGAAGGCUAUUACUACAAUCAGGGCAUGCAGGGAAUUCUGCAGGGAAAUUUGAAUUCAAUAGCUACACGUUUGAGUCAUUAUCCCAUCCACAGCUUUCAAGGAAUGUUGCAGGGACAGCUUGGCUUUAGAGCAGCACCCAUGCAUGGUGGUUUUGAGAUUCAGGAUGGCUUGCCAGAUAUAGACAAUUCUAUAAAUUCUGCUGGAAAACAAGAUAAGAAUUUUUCAAGCCAUGACUGCCGUGCCCAGUGAGACAACGAGUCUAGGAUGGACAAGCAGAGCAAAGAUGACAUGGAACGCUGAGGGCCUCAAGGAUUUAGGUUUUUGGUAGGCCUAAAUCUAGUACAGAAAAAUUUGGAUUAUGUCCUUUUCUGUGAUCCAUUAUGACACUUUGCUUUUCGAUCUUGAAUUCUUGAUGGAUGGGCGUUUAACUGUUCCACCACGCCACUCUACCCCCAUUGAUAAGGUUGCACACUAGUGUUCAACACUCUUUUCGGUCUAACUCUUUGCACAUAGUCUUUUUAUAGUACGAUUUGUCUUUCAUGUCUGGUCUCCUGAAUAUUACAGAGUAUAUAAGAGUGGAUUUAUCCAAUGUA